AUGGGUGUUGCAAGUGCGAAGCCCGCGCGCGAAGCACCUGUGCGCUACGUGGCCAAGAAGAUGCCACGCGUGGAUAAGAACCCAGUGGAGAAGCAGUUCACGAAGCCGCAGUUCACGGCACUUGGCAUCAACACUCGUCAGGACGAUGUGAACACUGAACCGCUCAUGUACGUGGAGACGUCCAAGGAGUCCAGCAGUACCGAGCUGACGGACCAUGUAGCCCCGCGGUGGUACUUGAACACGUACUUGGAGAUGUCUGACAACAUGCGUACUGACCAAACAGUAAUUAGCGGCAACCUCCCUCUUGCGUGGGAGCGCGAUAAGCAUGAGCCAUAUUCGCUGGUACGCGGUCGCAUUGAUGACGAGGACCUUCGCUGGGUUCUCCACCCGGAUCAGCGCAAAAAGCCGCUCGAUGAGUUACUGGGUCAUACGAAACUAGAAAGACAGGUGCUGCAGGAUAUCCUCGACACGGUGGAGCUACCCCGCACACAGUACCGAAACUACAAGGGAAAGCUACACAAGAGCAUCGACGAUGCCAACACUCACAUGGCGGCACGCAAGGCCCAAAUCGAGAAGGCUCGCGAGGCGGAGAUCCUGCGUCAGAUUGGCUACACCAAAGAGGAGGUGCUGAAGGAGGAGCAAUACUUGACAAAUCGCCACCGGGGCGUGCGCGCUCUUGACGAUCUCGGCGCAAGUGACCGGGAAAAGCGACGACAGAAGCGGGCGGCCGAGGCGAGCGAGUUGGAAGACAUGUUAGAGGAGCGACGCAUAGAGCAGCUGGAGCGUGGCGAGGCAGUUGUGAUGGCGGAGGAGGUGACAGAAAAGCCAGAGGUGCUGCCGAUGCGCAAAAAGCUUUUUAGCACGCGGAGCAACAUCUACAAGCACAUGUACGCGGCAGAUAUAGGCAAGGACGAGCGCAACCAGGCAAAGUUUGUGUGGUGGCUCGACCGCACGCGGCGCAUCAAGCGUGCUGUAGACACCAUUCAUGGUGUUCCUGUCUACAAUGAACGACUCUCAGCGAACGAGGAGCAGACGCGCAAGCAGAUGCAAGAGGCGGCGGAGUUCAACUUCUCGAUGUCGCGGUCGCAGGGUGCGAAGGGGUUCACCGACCCGCGUGGGCAUUACGAUCAGUUCAUGGAUAUUAUGCGCCACAACAAGGCGGAGAUGCAGAGCGAAACUAACGUUGAGGUCCACGAGGACAACAGCUCCGAGCACGCUGUCUUUCAGUUUCCCCACACGCGAGAGCACGGUGCAAAGCCGGCACCGACGCGCUUUACGGAUCGUCGUGACCAUGCACAGCGCGUCGACACCGAUGUGACCAAGUUGUUUGGGCUUGAGCACGAGCCACAUGCUGCUACCGCUGCUACAUCUGCUGCACCUGCAUACCGUGAAUCGUCUCUACCAAAGCGAUCAUCUAGCGGGAAUGACGGGCUGGCCUACCCAAGCCGUCGGGCGGGUACUGGCGGUUGGGAGAAGGUGAAGGGUGCGGACGGCUCUACCCCUGGAGUACGCACGGACGCUUCGCAUCCGACAAACAAGGAUGACAGGGAGGAUUGA